CAUUUGCGUACAUGCAAUGAAAAAGUUCCUUCAGUAAACUCACAACCUCAUUAAACUGGUAAAAAUUGUUUGAGAAAUAGUAUUAUGUACGUACUUAUCUUUCAACAUAAACACAGUUUGGCUAACCCUGAAUUAUUUUAAGAUUGAAAGUUGACGAUAAAUUCUACAGGUUAGCCUUUAAUUGAAACGAACCUGCAUUUACAGAUAGCUGUAGAAAAGCAGGACCACUAACAUUGACAUGGGUCAAACCAUCUCUUUCAUCGAAGCGGAGAAGAAAACAUGGAUAAAUCACAACCUCCAAUAUGACCACACCGUUCGCUCCGCAAAUUUAAAAAUUCUUGAGGAAAUUCUGGAAGAUGAGAAAUUCGUCCUUAGCAAUACCGACAGUGGUUGGGGAAAUGUCAAGUUUCAACACUGGUUUUUCACCAAUGGGGUUUACUAUAUUGAGUUUGGAACACCAAAUCUUGACAUUUACUCGGCCUGCGUAACCAUCGUCACAAACACGAAGAGACAACAUAUCACUGCACCCACGGCAUUUGAGACCAAGUUGACGGCCGAAGUGCGACAAAGAAUCAGACACGUGCUCGGAAUGAACAAUUAUUCUCUUUGUCUCAGGAACUGCGAGCAUGUGGCAAACUACAUCGCGAGAGGGAGAUGGAUCAGUCAUCAGAUGGAUAUGGACCGAGGUCAUCUUUUCGAUUGGGUGAAGAGAGAUAUUAUGGAUCAUCAUUUGCGAAUUGUCAACUCAUUUCCGUCCGAUAUCCAGCCUCACGUAUUUCGUGGCCAGCCAGAACGACAGAUCUAUUCCUUCCUCAAAGAUCACUUCGUCGCAACGCAAUUUUCCUACUAUUUGGACUAUAAUGAGGACACCUACAACAUUAUUUUAAUUGGGCCGACAGGUGCUGGAAAAUCCCACUUGAUUAAUUUAAUGUUCAACGACGCCAUCUGCGAGAGCAAAGUUAGCCACAGUAGCGUCACACGAGAAAUCUACUUUAUUCGAGGAAAGGGAAUGGUUUACGAUGUAGAGACCAAAAAAUUUGUCCAAAGAAACAUCGUCGUCACGGACACGAUCGGCCUUUGCGACACAGAGUGGGCUGAAAACGAAAUAAUUAGCAUGAUAAAAGGCCGCGUGAGUUCCAACAUUCGAAAAUUGGAUGCCGUUUUCAUCGUAUUUAAAGCUGACCGUCUCCAACCGCAGCAUGUGAGAAAUAUUAAGCACAUUUUGCAGUGGCUCGAUUAUGAGAAGAAUCGGCUGAGAAUCUGUUUCAUUUCGACCUUUGCGGAUUUUCUUGACCAAGAGAAGAAGAAUUCUUUGAGGGAAGAAGCAGAAAAGAUUUUUAAUAUAACGAGCACCGUGCGAAGGGCCGUGCCUUACGCAGGGAAGAUAAUCAAUUCCCUGAUUUACACCGGGUUUCCGCCAGAAGAUGCGCUAAAUGCGUUGACAAGAGGGAGGGUGGAUGAGAGUUGGGACGAGUUUAAGAUGUUGAUGACCUUGCCUGGGAAGGCAAACAGGAUUGAUUUAAAGGAUAAGGUUUGGGCGUGUAACAUUCUAUGAUAUAAUUUUCGUUAAAGUGUGUCCCAAUAUCUUUGAAAUGACAACUGCAUUUAAAGUGAAUUAUAAUCAGGGAUCAUUAGAAUAAUGAGUAUUUGGGUAUUAAUUAUUGUUAAUGAAUGAUACAAACAUCUUGAUGUAUGUAUAAGUAAGUAAUAUUGGUAAGAUGAGAUUACUGAGAAAAUGUCAAAACGCAGAGGUGUAAUUAUCUAGACGUAGGACUGUAAUUUUUCUUAAAUAGUUGAUUUCAGCUAUUUAUUACUAGACUUCAAUAGCUCAUGGACAUAGUACAUGGACAGCCCACAUUGCUUAAAAAUAAAAUUUAUCAUACGGGUAGUUUUGGGUCUAAUGCCGUUUUUGGUCCUUGUACAGAAGACGAAAUUUACGAAGAUUUGUAAUUAAUUGAUUUGAUAAGCAAUAAAUAAUAUGUCCUUAUAAGUAAUUAAAUUGAUGUUUGCUUAACGUUUGCCUGAAUGAGUACGUUUCCUUAAAAUAAAGAUAUACACAUGUA